UGUUGCUUUCGGAUCAUUUGUGCUAGACUGGUGUUACUCCAUUUUGUGGCCUGUUUCUUACCGAAGGACAAGGAAAAGCUGUCCUGUAUUUCCUGAGCUGGGCUUGUCCAUGGCCAGAGGUGUUGGGAAUGAAAGAGGCAGUUGGCACACCUUUCAAGGACAGGGAGACUCAGACUGUUCAGAGCAGGAGAGGGAGGUGAAGCCCUGGGAAAUGGGGCCUCCAGAUAAAGAGAUGCAAGAGGGCUCAUCUCAAGGCCGCCCUGUCCAAAUGUUCAGGCGGACCCUGAGAAAUGCUUCAGUGUGCAGCUGCCAGGAAGGGGUGUGGGGCAGGAGCCCCAGGAGCCAAAUAAGCCUGGUGAAAUCCUUGACCCCAUGGCUUGGCAUCGGGAGGAAAGGCCUAACCAAAUAGAGGGGGCAGUGUACAGCUAAGCGGCUGGCCCACUCCAGCAGGGCCCUCCUAGAGUGCUGGAGCCCAGGGUUACUCAAAAGGAGGGUCCUUGGAGGUAGUUUCUAGUGUGGAUUCAACAAACCACUCUGUGCAUGGUCGGAGUUUCUUUGCUGAUUAUGCUUUACUGGAUGUACAUUAGAGAAUAAAGUGUUUUUGCUAAAGAACAGUCUGUUGCUUUGACUGUACAAAGGGGGAAACCUAGCUCCUCUCUAGGGGCUCCUUGCUAGGUAAUAUUUCAGUGAACAAAACAGCAGACCUCAUAGAUGGUGCAGUCUUACAUUUUAAGAUCUUACCAAAAGUGGAGAUAGCUGUGUUUGUCAAAGUAAAAAUUCCAAAAUCCUUAUUAUUAGUAUUACAUUGCACAUAUAUCCUACCUUCCUUCCCUUUGCAAGGAAUCCAAGGUGGCUUCCUCCUCUCCAUUUUAUCCCCACAAUAACCCUCACAGAAUCAGUAACCAGCCCAAAGCCUCCAAGGGAGUGGGGGCUAGAACCCCGAUCUCCCAAGGUUCUCUCUUUCACCAUGAUAACUUUUUUAUGUAAGCUCCAAAGCAAAAACAUACACAAUAUGUUGUGACCUUUGAAAUAGCCUAACCAAGGUAUUAUAAUGAUUUAGAUUUCAGAAACGUUCUUUUGAAUGUUAACAUUUUGACAUUUUCAAUUAAUUCCCCAUACUAAUGGGGAAUUAUUCUAUACCAGUCUGGAUAUGGUAUAGAAGCACCUGCAAUGCAAAACAUACUAGCUGGGUUCAGAGAGCACUAUAAACUACAUUUAAGGUUUGAGUAUGGGCUGAGUGUGGGUUGUGGAACACUGGAUUACUGUAUUGUCUAAACCUAGUCCUGAUCCUUGCAAGUCAAACUGAUUCUAGUACUCUAUUUGUCUCGUGUUUAAAUUGUUAUUAUCAUUAUGCUGUUAAGAAGGGGUGUACCUACCGAGUGGGUUAUUAAUUCCCUUCUGGUACUUCACCUCUGAGUGCUUUCUUCUGACCGUAGUAGUAGAUGACCACUUUGUGGGGUAUUGUGUGUGAUUAGCGCCUUUACCACUUUCAGUCACUUUUAUCUGCUGUAGAUCUCUUGAUUGCUGCAUUGCAACCAGGUUUGAAUGCAUUUUGUGUAUCAAGUACAAAGAGAAUGAAAAUAAGACCUUUCCUUAUAUUUUAUUUGUCCCCUUCUUUCUCCAUGCCUAGGCAAAUCUGCUUUCCUGCAUUUCUAACAUGUUGCUUUUGUUUCCUAGUUAAUCACUGUGUGGCUUCCAGAGCAAAAAGCUGCACUGAGUGUAUCCGAGUGAGCAAGGACUGUUCUUUUUGCACUGAUGAGAACUUCAAAGAGCAGCGCUGUGAUUUCAAAGUCAACCUAGAGAGACAUGGCUGCAGUGAGGCCAACAUAGUAUUCAUAAAAGGUGAUGUGUUAAGAAUACAGGAAUUUAACAUCAAUACAUCUCUGAAAAAAACACAAGUAUCCCCACAAAACAUAGCCAUGAGGCUGAGAGCUGGUGAGGAAGCGAGCUUCAGCAUGAAUGUAUUUGAGCCCCUGGAAUCUCCUGUGGAUCUCUACAUUCUCAUGGACUUCUCCUACUCCAUGUCUGAUGACUUGGAUAACCUAAAAAGUAUGGGCGAGAAUCUAGCAACUUUCCUGAGAGAACUGACUGAAGAUUAUACUAUUGGCUUUGGCAAGUUUGUGGAUAAAGUGUCAGUCCCACAGACAGACAUGAGGCCUGAAAAAUUGCGUGAACCCUGGCCUCAUGCAGACCCUCCAUUCUCCUUUAAGAACGUUAUCCGCCUAACCCGUGAUAUCAAUAAAUUCAGCGAAGAGUUAAGGAUGGAGCGCAUAUCAGGAAAUUUGGAUGCUCCGGAAGGUGGAUUCGAUGCCAUAUUGCAAACAGCUGUUUGCAAGGAUUAUAUAGGGUGGCGGAAUGACAGCACUCACCUUCUGGUGUUCUCCACUGAGUCUGCCUUCCAUUAUGAGGCUGAUGGCUCCAAUGUCCUGUCUGGAAUUAUGAGGAGGAAUGAUGAGAAGUGUCACCUGAAUGCCGCGGGCACCUAUACCUUUGACACCAAGCAGGAUUACCCCUCUGUGCCUACCCUUGUGCGCCUGCUGAGGCGGAGCAACAUCAUCCCCAUAUUUGCUGUUACCAACCAUUCUUAUGAGUACUAUGAGAAACUGCGAACAUACUUCCCAAUCUCUGAAGUUGGGAGGCUGCAGGAAGAUUCUUCUAAUAUUGUAGAGUUGCUCCGUGCGGCUUUUGAGCGUAUUCGUUCCAAGAUGGACAUUCGAGCAUAUGACACCCCCAAAGCUAUGAAAACAGAAAUAACAUCCAUGAAGUAUCAAAAAACAGAGUCUGGUUCAUUCAACAUUGUUCGUGGUGAAGUGGGCACAUUCAACGUGAGGGUGAAAGCCCAUGAGCAAGUGGGUGGGAAGCAUGUCUGUGAUCUCCCAGAGAAAGACCGGAAAGGUGCUAUCCACAUCAAGCCCUCCUCUUUCACUGACAAAGUGGCGGUUGAUGCCUCAGUAAUUUGUGAUGCCUGUCCCUGUGAACAGCAACAGGAAGUUAGGUCAGCUAAGUGCAAUUUCAAUGGAAACUUUGUCUGUGGACAAUGUGUUUGCAAUCCUGGCUGGCGUGGAGCUGCAUGUAACUGUUCUACCUCUGCCUCAGCUGACAACACACCCUGCCUUCGGCCAGGAGACACAGAGCCCUGCUCAGGCCGAGGCGAAUGCCUUUGUGGGCAAUGUCAGUGCUAUUCUGAAGAUGAGACCCAACGCUAUGAGGGACAGUUUUGUGAAUUUGACAACUUGCAGUGUCCCCGAACUUCUGGAUUCCUCUGCAAUGACCGGGGUCGCUGCUACAUGGGCCAGUGCGCAUGUGAAAGUGGCUGGGAAGGCCCUGGCUGCGAGUGCCCCACGAGCAAUAUAACCUGCCUUACCAGCAAUGAGGUGAUCUGUAAUGGGCGUGGUAGAUGCGAAUGUGGCAGAUGCAUCUGUGAAAACCCUACCCCCUACACCGGACUCAUGUGCGAAGAGUCGAUGGCUCUGCAUGUGUGUAAAGAAGAUUUCCAAACCUGUGUUCAGUGCCAGGCUUGGGGGACUGGCGAGAAGAAGGGAAAGAAAUGUUCAGACUGCCCUUUCAGGAUCCAGCUGGUAGAUGAACUGAAUCAAGAGAGCGACAUAAAUACAAUUUGUUCUUUCCAAGAUGAGGAGGAUGAUUGUGUUUACCGCUAUACCAAGAAAGAGGAUGUCGACCAACAGCGUAAUGGCACCAUUGUUGUGCAAAGGAAGAAAGAGUGUCCACCAGGAAGCUUCCUUUGGCUUAUCCCCUUACUCAUUUUACUGAUGCUUCUCCUGGGGUUGCUGCUGCUGCUGUGCUGGAAGUUCUGUGCUUGUUGCAAGGCUUGCCUGGCCCUGCUCCCCUGCUGUGCACGAGGCCGUACUGUUGGUUUCAAGGAAGACCACUAUCUGCUCAGGCAAAGUCUCAUGACCUCGGACCACCUGGAUACUCCCAUGGUACGCAGCGGCAAUUUGAAAGGCAGGGACGUAGUUCACUGGAAGAUCAAAAACAAUGUGCACAAGCAAGAUUUCUCUUCCUUCGCUCUCAAUCCCAAGGACGUGGUCCCAUAUGGAAUAUCUCUCAGGCUGGCCCGGCUCUUCACUCAAAACCUAGCAAAACCAGAGAGCCGUGAACAUGAGCAGCUGCAGAAGGAUGUGGAGGAGAAUCUGAAUGAGAUUUACAGAACUGUCCCAGGUGCUCACAAAUUCCAGCAGACAAAAUUCAGGUUACAACCAAAUGCUGGAAAAAGGCAGAACCACACCAUUGUGGACACAGUGCUCCCUGCCUCACGUUCAGCUAAGAAUGAGAUUGUGAAAAUAACAGAGAAGCACGUCUCACAAGAGGCCUUCAGUGACCUGAAAGUGUCACCUGGUUAUUACACUGUAAUCUCUGACCAAGAUGCCCAAGGCAUGGUGGAGUUUCAGGAAGGAGUGGAGCUGGUGGAUGUCCGGGUUCCCCUAUUCAUCAGGGAGGAGGAUGACGACGAAAAGCAGCUGCAAGUGGAGGCCACGGAUGUCCCUGUGGGAACUGCAGAGAUUAAACGCCGGCUGGUCAACAUCACCAUAAUAAAAGAGCAAGCCAACAGCAUCAUUCAGUUCCUGCAGCCAGGUUAUUCCUAUAGCCGCUUUGACCAGCUAGCUAAGAUCCCUGUUGUUCGUGAGAUUCUGGAGAAUGGAAAGUCCCAGAUAACAUACAGGACACGUGACAUCACCGCCCAGGGAGGCAAGGAUUAUGUUCCUGUAGAAGGAGACUUGGUCUUCCUCCCUGGGGAGAAGCAGAAGGAAGUGCAGGUGAAGCUGCUGGAGCUGACCGAGAUAGAUGCCCUGCUUCGCAAUCAGCAGCCGAAGCAGUUCUCAGUGGAUCUCAUCAGCCCCCGGUUUGGUGCAAAGGUUGGCAAAUAUGCUCAAACCACUGUGACCAUCGCUGAUCCAGAAGCUGUGGAUGGCACGCUGACAGGAGCAGGCCUAGGCCAGGUUCCCAGGAGCAUUCUUGGCGCUCCCAUUAAUCCAAACGCUCAAGCGCUGAGCUCUCGGAAGAUCCGCUUCAACUGGAUUCCACCUCCUGGCAAACCUGUAGGGUAUAAGGUGAAAUACUGGAUUCAGGGGGAUCCUGAAUCUGAAGCUCACCUACUUGACUCCAAAGUGCCAUCAGCAGAGUUAACGAAUCUGUACCCCUACUGUGAUUAUGAGAUGCAGUCUUGUGCCUACAAUGCUAUGGGUGAAGGGCUUUACUCUGAAGUGGUUCAUUGCCGCACACUUGAGGAUGUUCCUAGUGAGCCUGGACGUUUGGCUUUCAAUGUAGUCUCCUCCACCGUGACACAGCUGAGCUGGGCUGAGCCUGCUGAGACUAAUGGGGUGAUCACGGCCUAUGAAGUUGGCUAUGGACCUGUCAAUGAGGGAAACAGACCCAUUGGACCAGUACGAAAAGUCAUGGUAGAAGAUGCCAAGAAGCGGAUGGUUCUAAUUGAAAACUUACGAGAAUCGCAGCCCUAUCGCUACACUGUAAAGGCCAAAAAUGGUGCUGGCUGGGGGCCUGAAAGAGAAGCUACUAUUAACUUGGCCACACAACCCAAGCGCCCUAUGUCCAUUCCCAUCAUCCCUGACGUGCCAAUAAUUGACGCUGAAGGAAGAGAGGACUAUGACAGCUACCUGAUGUACAGCACAGACGUAUUACGUUCUCCAGCUGGCAGCAAGCAUCCCAGUGUCUCGGAUGAUUCUGAACACAUGAUGAAUGGCCGAAUGGAUUUCAUCUUCCCCAGCAGUGGUGGAAGCUUGACCCGGAAUGCAUCUUCCAGCUACAACUAUCUAAGUCCAUAUGUACAGCAUGAGAAAAGGGUAAUAGGAAACUCAUCUUUGACAAGGGAGUAUACGACAGUGGUGUCUGAGCAAGACCAGUCCAGGAGUAUAUUUCCUCCUAUCCGUGAAGAUGCUGAGAGGAUGGCCCUUAUGCCACAGGAUGUGGUCUUCAGGAGGGCAAAGGUGAAGGGUUACUUUGGCCGCAGUGAUGCCCGAGAUUCUAUAGUCAUGACUGAUGGGCCUUCUUGGAUUUCCAAAUAUCUAGAUUCUAGGAUGCAGCUGGGUGUCCCUGAAACUCCCACCCGAUUAGUCUUCUCUGCCCUUGGGCCUACCUCACUGAAGGUCAGCUGGCAGGAGCCACACUGUGACAAAGAGGUGCAAGGAUACAGCGUGCAGUACCAGCUUCUCAAUGGAGGAGAGGUUCAGAGGCUCACUAUUCCCAACCCUACUCAGAACUCCGUGGUGGUGAAUGACCUGCUGCCCAAUCACUCCUAUGUCUUCAAAGUGAAGGCCCAAAGUGAUGAAGGAUGGGGUCCAGAGCGAGAAGGAGUGAUCACUAUUGAGUCGCAAGUGGAUCCACACAGCCCUCUAAGUCCUGUUCCAGGUUCACCAUUCACUUUGAGCACUCCCAGUGCCCCAGGGCCCCUGGUGUUCACUGCACUGAGCCCGGACUCCCUUCAGCUGAGCUGGGAGAGACCCCGCCAACCCAAUGGCCUAAUUCUGGGCUACAUGGUUACCUGUGAGACGUUGCAUGGUGGAGGGGAACCCAGGAAUAUCUAUGUGGAGGGUGACAACCCAGAGACCAGUUUGACAGUGCCCUACCUGAGCGAAAAUGUCCCAUAUAAGUUCAAAGUGCAAGCAAAGACCACUCAAGGCUUCGGGCCUGAAAGAGAGGGAAUCAUCACCAUUGAAUCUCAAGAUGCAGGUUCCUUCUCUCAGUAUGGAACACAGCAAUUCACCAGAGAGGAGGUAUACAGUCUCCCCAGGGAAUACAACACUCUGACCAGCAUCACUCAUUCUCCACUGGAUCCUUUAUACACAGAUGGCAUAUUGAUGACCACUCAGAGAGUGGAGAGUGGUGGUACCCUCACCAAGCAGGUGACCCAAGAAUUUGUCACCAGAACCAUGAUGUCCAACAGCACUGGGACGUUCUCCAGCCAUACAGAGAGGCAACUUUACGAAGCGUGAGUUAGGAGCAAAGCUGCCAAAGAGGUGCUUGCAUUUCAAGUAGGCCUGUUCUGUGGACAGCUUCCAGACUGAGGCCAAGGGUACCUGCUGCAUUUAAUCAGCACUAAAAGCAUGGGACAUGGGGUUUGAAAUACCACUGAAUGAAGGCUGCAUUCACAUGGUACCCUAGGACAUGAUGAAAAAAGGAUUUUGCAAGGUGCUUGGCUAUGAAAGGCUCUUGGUUAAUUCCAUUUUGAGUUGAGCUGCUGGCUAUUUCAUGCUUUGCUUGACAGGUUUGCCUGCACAUAACUUUGUUAUUAAACCUCCACCUUUCACA